CUACACGCUGUGUGCACGUGUGCUUUGCCCUUUGCCCUCAUUCCGUGCGUCCGUGGGACUGAUGCACCACUCAUCUACGCAGUCGUCGUCACGUGUCGAGUUGUCACCGCUGUGGUUGGAAUUGUUCGACACAACCGCACGCCGUACGUGACUGCAGCAGCAACGACAAGGCGGAAGGGAUAUCCGUGUGUUGGGGGGAUAGACAUGAAGGGAGGAGACUCUCGUCUUAAAAUAGGGAGGGAAUCAUCCGGGGAUCUACGGGCUGACUGGAUAAGAGCUCGAGCAACAGAGGAGAGAGCGACAAAAAAAAAAAAAAAAUCCCUGCAACCUUCGUGUUACAUCUAGCGACAACCCUGGGUGUUCCGACGGUUGUAUCCGGUGUACAGCUGACAAUGUACAGUAGGUGUUGCCCUCGGCGAGUGUACACAGUACAGAGUGGAUAAACAACGCCUUCCCUCUCUCCGGAGGUAUGCAGCAUGUGAGUGUGAGUCACGAUGCAGUUUACUGAUCGCAUAGCACAAAGUUUCACAUUCAACGGACACUAGGGCAAGGUGACACACUGUGUCAAGGAUAUUUAUGUGUUUGUGUGCGUGGCCAGGAUGUGAUCAUGACAUAGCCUGGGCUCGACAUUCACCGCCGACAUCAGCCCUUCGACUGCAGGAUUGUUUCCUUCAAUGUCAAGGUUACUAGAUGACCUGAGAUGACCUCAGACUGCUCCACUGCUGAUGGCGGAGUCUAGGAUGUCAACAUGCGUUAGCGUGUAAUCCAACAACUUUAUUCCUUUAUUUAUGUGAUCAUCUGUAACACCUUCAUUCCUGCAGACUGUGAUGUGACCCAUGACCUGUUGUACCCAACCUAUGGUGUCUGUUCUGCUGUAGUUGCCAUGGAUACCGCGGUAGGUCAAAAGGCAGUUCGGACCUUGUCUGAAUGUGAAGCAGACCAGAACAAGCGAAGAAGGAAGGAUCCGCAGCUGGCCUUCUGGCUGGAGCGCAUCCUUCACUGGUUCCCCGAGCUGCACACCAAGACCUACUUCGUCCCUCCCGUGCACUUCUGUCGGGAAAGUGUUGUUGUGGACAGUGUGGCCGGAGAACCCGUUGCUUUCCAGGUCCCUGUCCCUGGCCUGCUGCCCGCUUCCUCCCAGUCCCCGAAACCCUGCACCGCAAAUGGAUGCUGCCUUUCUUCUCAGCCAGGUGGCGCUGGUGCCCCAGAAGCACCACCCGUGUCCCGUCUUUUGGUGGGGCAGGCAUCCUCGCCUCAGAAUGGCAGCUGGUCUCCGAACAGACAGAACGCAGGCCAGGGUCGGACUGCCCAACACGUGGACUUCACAGCCUGUUGCCUCUGGUCUUCUCUCAGGGAUCGUCCUGGCAAGCCCAUGAAGAUUGGCGACGGCCAGGUGCGCGAUGACCGGGCUCAGCAACACGUGCUGCACUGCCUGCGGGCGCUGGCUGACCGCCGAGAUGACGUCAUGAUGGUGUUGUCGGAACUGAAGUACGAGAACUACCUCCGGAAGCUGCGCGCCAGGAAGUCCUCCAAGGCCUCAAAGGCGAAAAUACCAGAAGAAGAGACCUAUCCUACCUCGUACAGCAUCGCGGACACCAGGAUGCAGAGGGGCGACUUCGAUGUCCUCAUCAUCCACAAGACCCACGGCAUCCUGGUGGGCGAGAUCAAGAGCACGGGAGACAACCUGGACGAGCUGUGCUUGGGUGACGAGAGGACACGCAUUCUGACAGCCAAGAUGAAGCAGGUGGUCGGACAGCUCGACAAGGCGGAAGCCGUGCUCCGCCAUCUCAUGAAGGACCUGCCCAGCGUCAGAAUCAGUAAAACCGUCUUCCUGCCGCACGUCACUCGCGACCAGUUGCUACAGGUGAUGCAACAGAACUCUGAGCUUGCAAAGACUGUGUGUGACUGCCUGGGUAGCAAGGAUGUCGCCGAGGCCGUCAGUCUCUGCCUGUGCUCCGAUCAGCUCUCCUCCACUGCCACGCCCUGGAAGGUGACGUCAGAGGUCCAGGACCAUCUGACAGAGUGGUGGCGCAGGCGGGUGUUGUCGGAGGGGCCGGACCAAAACAUGUCAGACAACAUGUACGAGCAGCUGGUUGCAAGGUUCUGUGGACCAGCGACGACAGUGGAAGUGCACUGCGUGCUGACCCCUCGCGUGGAGGUGAGGACAGAAGGGGAAGCUGUGUCGGAGACCGGAGAGAGGAUAGCCCGCCUGACCUUAACCCCCGACCAAGUAGAGCUGCUGUGCCGAGCGCCACCCCGGGUGUACAUCACGGGCCCCCCAGGCACGGGGAAGACGGUGGUGCUGGUGCUGAUGGGGCUGCAGUGGCUGCGGGAGGGCCACGACGUGCACGUGGUCAGCACGUGGCGCGAGAGCCGCGCCGUGUCCUACCUCAUCGAGAAGCAGCUCAACCACACGCUGGCGGCCGGAGGUAGGACGGAGGGCGACGGCGAGGGCGAGGGCAAGGUGUAUCGUCAUGACUACGACCUGGUCGACAAGGACACCCCGGAGGGCGCGGCCAAGGAGCUGGCCACUCACGCCACUAACGGCUCGCUGUACGUCAUCGCUGACGAGGCGGGACCUGACCUGAGCCAAAAGUACCGAGGGCGACCCUUCUCUGACCUGUGCACGUCACUACUCGGUAAAGUUCCGGGGCUGCACAUGUGGGCGGCUGCCAUGCGUCACGGACACAAACCUGACUGUUUGCGGAAGGAGAGCCUGACCAUCCCCCUGCGGUGCCCCCCUGUCGUGGUGCGGGAGGUGGAGAUGGCCGAGGAGAUCCGCACGGGGGACGUGCUGCCCUACGUCACCGGCCUGGCGCUGACGGCCCCGACUGACGGCCCUCGUGUCAGGGUCCUGGUGCACAGGGGACAUAAGGCCAUCUUCCCGGAGUACUGCGUGGAAUGCGGGCGGGCAACGGCUGACGUUUUGAUGAACGACCUCCAUGUCGGCGUACAGGGUGUGCAAUCGACCGGACAGAAAGCCAGCCGUGGGGAGUCCAGCAGCCCGCCACCUCUGAAGUACAGGGACGUGUUGGUGCUGUGUCCCCACCCGCAUACAGACACACCCUUCGUGAGGGCCCUGAGAGACAGGGAUCUACCCGUGCAGAUCGUGCCGGAGAAACCCGACGAUGACAUGAUUCGUGCCGUGGCGCUGGCGACACGUGACGUGGUGACGGUUAGCCAUUGGACCAACGUGCACGGCCUGGAGCGUAAGGUCAUCGUGGGGCUGGCACCCGACGCCGGCGUCUACCACCGCCUCCAGCAGAUGUCGCGCUGCACGGCGCAACUCAUCUGGUUUGACUUGCCGUCUCCAUGACAGUUCACCCUCUCUAAGUGUCGUAACAUUUCACCCUCGUCAUCUCUAAGUGUCAUGAAUUUCACCCUCGUCAUCUCAAAGUUUCAUGAAUUUCACUCUCGUCAUCUCUAAGUGUCAUGAAUUUCACCCUCGUCAUCUCUGUCAUAACAUUUCACCCUCGUCAUCUCUAAGUGUCAUGACAUUUCACUCUCAUCAUCUUUUACAAUCAUCACUUUACUCAUCUUAAGAGGAUUUUUUGUGUUGUGUUCAAGAAUUGUGUAUGCAUAGGAUUUUCGCAUGAGUUAGUGUUUGGGUUAUAUUAGGGUUGUGGUCUGGAGAGAAUGUUGAGGAAGAGACGAAACGAUGCAAGUUCCGACGGAAGUCGCAAGGCUGAUCCUACCAUUUGAGGACAAUACCAUAUAAGGACAUGACAUACAAGUACCUGAGUGUGGUUUGCAAUCUCCAGCUUCCAGAUAAUUUGCUGACGGUGUAGCUCGUGUAGUAUUGAGCUUGUAAAACAAUUUCUCUCAGGUGAUCUUUUGAAAUCCUAUUUUGUUUUUUGUUUGUUUGUUUGUUUGUGUGUAGUAUGUCUAAUCUGUUGAGAGUUUUGUUCGACGUGUCAUCUCACAUGUUUUUAAGUUGUGUAUUUUCCGAGUAAUCGUCCUUAUCUCAAUGACCAUGGAAAAUAACUCUGCCUAGUCUUACUAUUAACUUUUUGUUUGUCAGAUUAUUACAUCUCAGCCAUAUCUUACAUUGUGUCACGUUAAAGAUCACGUGGGCUUUAUAAAUGUCCUUUAUUCAAUCAGUGACUAGCAUGGCCAUUUCUCACCCCACGUGCGGUCUAAAAAGUCACUAACUAGCAUUAUAACUCAAUAUAAGAAAUUUAUCACAAUUCGGGAUAUAAAACUGUGAGGGUUGACCAAGACCUUCAAGCAGUCCAGAGAUAAUUUUGAUACAUCCGUACAGUAAACAAAAUGUCAUCGUCGCCCUGUUACUACCUACCGACUAGUGAUUCGCCUAUCGCCACCGCCCACUCCUACCAUAUCACUGGCUAUUUUCGUAAACGGAUUUAAGGAAGCAAAAACCUGUUUAGAAUAAGAACUGGUGGGAUGAAUGUGGGGGUUAGAAGUAUUGAAAUCAACGAAAAUACUGAAAUUUAAGAAAAAUGCCAAUUGCGUUAAAAUAGCACGAAAGAAAUUUUAAAAUCAACAAUUUUCAAACAUUUUUUUACCGUCAGAAUCUUGAUGACCAUCUCAUACACAACAACAGCAGGAGCAACAAUUCCGAAGUCCAUGUGUUCAGUUUGGUUUCUGAAAAGACGCCAGAAGAGCAUGUGGACACACAAAUGUUGUCCUUUAGGCAAACCUGUCACACAACUAAGGCAACGGUAGACAAUCUGUCACAUAAACACCCUCUUUGAAUUAAAGUCAACUUCUUUAGAGACUACUGACUAUUGGUCAACAACCUUGGAAAGCAGGCGAUAACAUAUUUUCACCCCUUUGAUUGUGUGUGAGUGAGUGAUGGCUGAACUGUUUUCUUGAAGGCUAGGAUGACUGUUGGCCUACACCUCUAUUUGUUGUGAUGAAAAAGUCCAUUUUCUCUGCCUUCGAGUGGUUUGUUGAAGAUGUAGACUAGGAGGUUGGUGCUUCCGCUGGCUGAUAGUCCUUUUCAGAAAGAAAGAAAAAAUUUGAAGUAUUAGUGAGUAACUGAUACAACAUACACUGACUUCUUAAUAGUUUUUAAAAACCUUGUCCUUAGUUUACUGAAGUAUUGGUUGCAAAUAAACUUUCAUCUAUAGCCCUACAGGGCUCUGUGA